UUCAGGCUUCCCUCUCUUACUCUCUGUUCAGUGUUCACGGUAGCGGUUGUAGCGGGCGGCUCCGGCAGCGACAGCGAAAAUGGGACCACCGAAGGCGGUGCGAACAGUAUCACAGGAAGCGUUCGAUGAAAUGGUGAAGGAGAACAUGGAGGACCUCGGAAUGGACGCAACCGAAGCUCUCGAAGACGCAAUCCAAACACUAACCCUCCAAGGCGUCGAUCUCUCCGGCAUAGUGACUUGCGUCCCGGGAGUGAGUUCCGUGAAUGACAAUCCGGUUAUUCAAACGAUCGAGAGACUGAAGCAGCUGGAUCUCAAGUUGGCUAGUUCAGUCGAAAACGAUGGUGUUCUGAAGGAAAUUGUGGAAUUGUUGGAUAGGUUGAAUGAUUCGUGCACUGGUAAAGGAUCAGGUAAUGUGGCUAUUGCUACCAGGAAUGGCGGAGUGCAAUUAGUGUCCUCCGUACUUUUGAAGCUUCCUAGUGCGUUCAAUCAGGGCGUGAUUUCCUCUUUGAAGACAUUGGCUUCGCUACUUCAUGAUCUUCAAAGCACAGAAAUGUUUAGGGAGAGUGGUGGACCAAAAGCAGUUGUUGGUAUCCUAAAGGAUAAAAGUGAGGAUGUAAAUAUUUUGGAUAAUGGAUUUUCUGUUGUUGCGGCAGCUGCAACUGGUAAUGAGGUUCUCAAAGCAUCAUUUAUGGACCUGAAAAUUGAUGAGCUCAUUGUUCAGUGUCUAAGAGAACACAGCAGUGGGAGCAUUCCUUGUUUAUAUGAUGCUAUACGAGUCCUGUUAACAUCUGAUGAUAAUCGUGUUGUAGCUUCUCAAGUUUUUGGAUAUGCUCGAAGAUUUGCAAAGACUGGAAUUGCUGAAGCACUUGUGGGAUCUCUCAAUCAAGGGAUUAGGACUCCCAGUCUAAUGUCAGCCUGCAAUGCUUUGAAAGCCAUUGCUGUUAAUGAUGAAAUAUGCAGAGGUGUUGCUGAUAUUGGUGGUAUAGAUGCAAUUCUUUGUUGUAUUGAUGAAAGUGGUCAACAGGGAAACAAUGCCUUAGCAAAAACUUGCUGUUCUUUGUUAUCUAAGUUGGCAGGAAGUGAUGUAAACAAGGGUGCUAUAGUUGAGAAGAGAGGCAUGGAAAGGCUUAUUAAAAUUUCAACACUAUUUUCUGAUGAUCCUUCUGUACUUCAAGAGAUCAUGUCUAUUAUUUGUGUGCUAUCCUUGAGAUCCCCAGAUAAAGCAGCUCGGGCUAUUGAAGCUGGAGCCGGUGACCUUGCUAUCCAUGCCAUGAAUAGAUUUCCUGAAUCAGAGCAACUGCAAAGGAGCGCUUGUUUCAUGAUUCGUAAUCUUGUGGUCAGAAAUCCUGAGAACAGAGCACUUUUGCUUGGCAAUGGUAUUGAGAAGCUCAUCAGGAAGGCUAAGUCAAACCACAGAAGCUGCAAAGAUGCUGCGACUGAUGCACUAAGAGAUCUUGGACUUGAUGACUACAACUCUUAGUCUACAAUUCUGAAUUGGUAAAUCUGAGUCUAGUGCUUUCUUCUUUUUGUUUUUUUGGGGAAAUAUUCUUCCAACUUUUCAGCUUUCAAUGGUUUUCAGUUGUGCAUGUAUUUGGAUGGCAUUACAAGAAACCCAUUUACAAUUAAGUGUGAUCAAUUUGGCUUCCA